AUGGCUUGUGAUUCAAAAAUAAUGUGCUUUCGUCACUGUUGUUCAAAAAGUAUAUUCUGUAAAACUGUUCCAGAAGUAUGUCCAAUUUGUCAAUUACGUAUUACAGAUUAUAUGAUAGUGCCUUUUCUUAUUCCAUUUCCAUACACAAAUGCAACAUGUGAACCAAAUUCUAUAGUAGUAAGACCAGCUAGUGGUAAUUUUUUAACCAAUUAUCAUAUUGCAAAUGACUUACACAUAGGAAUAACUAAUACAAAUGGAUUUGUUUUUGAAUAUGACAGAGAAGGUUUAAUAUUGUGUGAUUGUUCAAAAUGGACAAAUUGUAUUGCAAUAAAUAUAAUUCCUUCCUCUUGGGAGGAUCAAUGGAACGAAACAUUAAAAGUAAUGUUAACAGACUCAAAAUGGAAAUCUGAAAAUUAUAAUGAAACUUCAAUGAAUUGUUUUAACUUUGUUAUAGAGUUUAUAAAUAAUUUGAAAUAUAUGAGCUUAAAUUUUAUAAACAAAGAAACUAUAUGUGAAAUGUUAAUAUUACCAAAACUUAAAAAUGCACUUACAUAUAAUUUUUAUAACAAGUUCAAAUUGCCCUUAUUGGGCAGAAAUUAUAAACAAAGAUUUCUUCAAUUACUAAGAAAUCUUUCAUCUGGCAGUCAAUAUAAAUUUGAUGUUAUUGUUAUUGGCGGUGGUCAUGCUGGAACAGAAGCUUGUACAGCAGCUGCUAGAAUGGGUGUAAAUACAUUAUUAGUUACUCAUAAAAAAAGUACAGUAGGAGAAAUGUCAUGUAAUCCAUCCUUUGGCGGAAUUGGAAAAGGAAAUCUUAUGAGAGAAGUAGAUGCUUUAGAUGGAGUUUGUUGUCGUAUAUGUGAUAUUUCUGGAAUUAAUUAUACAGUACUAAAUAAAAGUAAAGGACCAGCUGUAUGGGGAUAUAGAGCUCAAAUUGAUCGUGACUUAUACAAGAAACACCUACAGAAGGAACUUUUCAAUACAUCUGGUUUACAAAUAUGUGAAUCUUCUGUGGAAGAUUUAAUUGUACAUGGAGAUUCUCCAAGUUGUCAUGGAAUAAUUCUUAGAGAUGGAACAAAAAUAUACAGUGACGCAGUUGUGAUAACAACGGGUACUUUCCUAAAGGGUCAAAUUAAUAUUGGAUUGGAAAAAAGACCUGCUGGCAGGUUGGGUGAUGAACCUAGCAUUGGAUUAGCUAACACAUUAGAAAGGAUUGGAUUUAAAAUAGGAAGAUUAAAGACUGGUACACCACCGCGAUUAGAAAAAUCUACUAUCGAUUUUUCGAACCUUAUAAUUCGUUACCCAGACGAAGUGUCAACACCAUUUUCAUUCAUGAACGAAACUGUCUGGUUACCUGUAGAAAAACAGGUAAACACUUAUCUAACAUAUACAAACGAAGCUGUCUCAAAAAUUGUAAAAGAUAACCUCCAUUGUAAUGUACAUGUUACGGAAGAAAUAUCAGGACCACGGUAUUGCCCAAGCAUUGAAAGCAAAGUUCUUAAAUUUGAAACAACAAAACACCCAAUUUGGCUAGAGCCUGAGGGUCUAAAUUCAUCUCUAAUAUAUCCCAGUGGAUUAUCGUGUACACUCCCAGCAGAGAAACAAGAAGAACUUAUUAAAUGUAUUCCUGGAUUAGAAAAUGCAAGAAUGGUAAAACCAGGUUAUGGAGUUGAAUAUGAUUAUAUUGACCCAAAAGAAUUAAAUGUUACGUUAGAGACCAAAAAAAUUCCAGGGCUAUUUCUUGCUGGACAGAUAAAUGGUACAACUGGUUAUGAGGAAGCAGCUGCACAGGGGAUUGUAGCAGGUGUCAAUGCUGCGGCUAAGGUUCUUAAUAAAAAGCCAUUGAUAAUAAGUCGUACAGAAGGUUAUAUCGGCGUUCUCAUCGAUGAUCUUAUUACACAUGGUACAAAUGAACCAUAUAGAAUGUUCACUAGUCGUUCAGAAUUUCGAUUAAGCUUACGACCAGAUAAUGCAGAUCAAAGGCUCACUAAAAAAGGAUAUGACAGUGGUUGCGUAUCGGAAGAAAGAAUGGAAAAAACAGAAACAGUUUUAUCCAAAUUAAAAGAAAAUAUAGAAUUAUGUAAAAACGAAAUUCAUAGCCCUACGAAGUGGAGUAAAUUAUUGGGUACUCCACGUCCUAAGAAGACUGAGGGUAGAUCUGCUUUUGAAUUACUACAAGUUUAUGACAUUGACAUAUUUAUCAAAGCGCUUCCAGACCGUUUUGGACACUUUGCAGAUGAUUCGGCCAUCGCAAAAAGAUUAAAGAUAGAAGCAUUAUAUGCAGAAGGUAUAAAACACCAACAGGAAGAGGUUAAUGAAAUUCGCAAAAAUGAACAAAUGUUUAUACCAUCAUCCUUCUACAAUAACUUCGGAGCGGUCUUCGUGCUCGGAUUCUGAAUGACGCUGUCGCCCAUGCUGGGCAUCCCGUGGCUGGUGGUGCUCAGCCCGUUUCCCUGUCUUCCAGCGUUGGUUCUCGGGUUCCUGUUGCAAAUCCUCUUCAAAGCGGCGCGGACCUGCGGCUGGCAGCCAACCACCGCGAAGAUCAGCACGCCCUGGAACGCGUUUAUCAUGUCGGUGAAGUACCAGAUGUAUUGAGGACCACCGACUGCCCACGAGACCACGUCAGCCACCCAAGUGACGCCCAUCACCACCACGAGUUUCAUGCACACGCGGCCCAGUGCGGCUCUGAAACAGAAACGUUAGAUUCAGGUUAGAACUGGGCGAAAUGAAUGACCGUUUAAUCCGAAGAUUAACUACUCUAAGAUUCUAAGAACUUUAAGAAAUUGUGUUAUAGAUAAUAUGCACAUAUGUUUGUAUAUUAAUAUCUGGACAUUCGUAAAAACAUUGAAAAAUCUUCUCACAGAUGAUCUUGAACACUGA